AUGGAGGAAAAGCUCCAAGCCUUGGAUGUGUAUGCCCAGGCUGAUGUGGAAGCAGCUGCAUGGUGUGAUCUGAUCAGUAGCCGAGGGUUGACUGACGAAGAGAUCGAAGAAGCAAUUACCGAAUUUUGUCAGAAGUCAGAACUAGCAGGAUCCGUAGGGGCCGUGGUACCGGCCAACCCACUGCCCCCGCAAGUGGAGUUGAAAAAGUUGCCAGCAAAUCUUAAGUAUGCCUACCUAGGGGAGGAAGACUCAUUCCCUGUAAUCAUCAAUAGCGGGCUGACUGAAGAGCAAGAGGCAAGACUACUAACCGUGCUGGGCAAAAACAAGAAGGCUAUUGGAUGGAGCCUUACGGACCUGGUAGGUAUAAGCCCGGAUGUCUGCAUGCACCACAUUAGGCUGGAGGAUGGAGCCAAGGCGCAUAGAUAUUCUCAAAGAGAGGUGAACCCAAACAUGCGAGAAGAGAUACUGAAGGAAAUCUUGAAGUUACUCUCACUGGGCAUUAUAUACUCGGUACCAGAUAGUGAAUGGGUUAGCCCAAUCCAUAUGGUCCCCAAGAAGUUAGGGAUCCAGGUGAUUAAGAAUGAGAGAAAUGAGCUAGUGCCCACCAGACUAGUUACCGGGUGGCGAAUGUGCAUAGAUUACCGAAAGCUGAACAAUGCAACCAGGAAGGACCAUUUUCCCCUGCCAUUCAUCGAUCAAAUGCUGGAGCGACUGGCUGGGAGGAAGUACUUCUGCUUUUUGGAUGGGUACAGUGGUUACUUUCAAAUCUAUGUGGACCCGAAGGACCAGGAUAAGACCACAUUCACAUGCCCGUUUGGAACCUAUGCGUAUAGGCGUAUGCCAUUUGGUCUAUGCAACGCCCCCGGACACGUGGUGUCAGAAAAGGGGAUCCAGGUGGAUCGAGCUAAAGUGGAUGUCAUAUCCAAACUACCCUUCCCUACUGAUCAGAAAGGAAUAAGAGGUUUCCUUGGCCAUGCUGGAAUUUUAUCGGAGAUUCAUCAAGGAUUUCGCCAAGAUUGCCCAACCCCUUACCAGAUUUCUCCAAAACGAGGUGGAGCUCCUGACUGGGAUCACCCCUUCGAGGUGAUGUGCGAUGCUAGUGACUAUGCAGUGGGGGCCGUACUAGGUCAGAAGAUCGAUGGGAAAAGGUAG